AAUAAUAAUGGCAGUUCGUGUAAUAAACGAGAACUUCAAGGGCUAUUUCGUAAACCCAUCCCGAAAUUAUUAAGUUUGCAACAACGCUCCUUCGUUUCUCAGAGCUGCUUCUUCUUCUUCUUCUCCUUCUCCAUUUGGUGUAGAACUGAUGAACAGAGCAAUGGAGCUCCAAACCAGCAACAAUGGCGGCGAAAGUUUGGAUUCAGAUAUCAAAACCGAGCUUCAAGAACCCAUUAGUGGCGGACCUCACGGUGCUCAUGAGCCACAAUCUGUAUUUGAAGACGUCGAUAGUGCCUGUUCCACUCCUUAUGUUAGUGCUCCAUCGAGCCCCGGACGUGGCCCCGUCGGUGGAUUCUAUUACAGUGCUCCGGCUAGUCCUAUGCAUUUCGCCAUAACUAAACCCUCAAACUCCUCUGCUCAGUUUACGUCGUCGAAGGACAGCCAUUCGUUUUCGUUCGAGUUUGAGUUUUCCGGGAGGUUUGGGUCAAAUGGCUCGGGUUCAGUCGGGUCUAUGAGCUCGGCGGAUGAGUUGUUUUUGAACGGAAAGAUCCGACCGAUGAAACUCUCGACUCACUUGGAGCAGCCGCAGGUUUUGGCGCCGUUGUUGGAUCUGGAAGGAGAAGAUGAAGACGAUGAAGGGGGUGAAAUUGUAGGGUAUGUAAGAGGGAGAGAUCUGCGGCUUCGGGAUAAAUCUCUCCGACGGAGAACCAGAUCUAUGUCGCCGUUGAGAAAUACGCCGGUGGAAUGGACUGAAAAUGACGAUGAAGAUUUGAAUACAGAGGGGUUUCUUGAGAACGAUUCAGGAGAAGGGAAAACGAUGAAGAAGAGUGAAGAAGAAGGGUUUAUGAGUUCAGAAACGACGACUCCUUCAGUUUCGGCUUCAUCAUCAAGAUCUUCAUCAGCAGGAAGAAACUCGAAGAGAUGGGUUUUUUUGAAGGAUUUUCUAUACAGAAGCAAAAGUGAAGGAAGAAGCAGUAAUCACAAAUUUUGGUCCAACAUUUCUUUUUCUUCAGCAAAAGAGAAAAAACCAACAACAAAUCAAGCAGCAUCCACUGCCACUUCUUCCACUUCAUCUUCAACAAAGCAAAAGGCUAUGAAACCAUCAGCACAGAAGGUAAAAGGGGGAAGUGGGCAAGUUCCGGCGAAGAAACCGGCAGCCGGGAAACCUACGAACGGCGUCGGGAAACGGCGGAUUCCGCCGUCGCCUCAUGAGCUGCACUACACAAAAAACAGAGCACAAGCAGAGGAGUUGAGGAAGAAGACAUUCUUGCCUUACAGACAAGGCUUGCUUGGCUGCUUGGGGUUCAGCUCAAAGGGCUAUGGAGCUAUGAAUGGCUUUGCAAGAGCCUUGAACUCUGUCUCUUCCAGGUAAAAAAAAAAAAAAGGAAAAAAAAGGAUAAAUAUGAUCAAUAAGAUAUAGCUAGCUUUUUCCAUUUCAAAGAAAAUUGUAUAGCAAUUUUUCCUUUUCUUUAAACUUGCUCUAUGCUAAGAUGAUGAUUAUAUUAAUGUAUUCUUGUUAUUGAUUUGAUCCUCUUUUUUCCAUCCAAAAGAGCUAAGUUCCUGAGACCCAAUCUCAAAGAGGGUCUCUGUAGAAUCUAGAAAUUAAUGGGGCGUUUCUUUUUUAACUCCCCAAUAUGGCUUUUGUGUUAAAUUACUGUUCAUUUCAGCAUUGUAAUAUAUACCCUCUCUUCUGAUGCACUGUUUCAGUCAGCUAAGCUUAUUAUCUAUAUCUACUCUCAUUUUCCCCCAUGAAUCUGUGUCUUAGGUUAGCUAUACCUUGUGGAAGUUUAUGAUAAUGAAAGGAAGAACAACUUCAGUUGUGCUAACAGCUUUUAAACAAAUGUUUCUCAAAUGGGUUUGAUCUGUUCAAUUUCUGUAGCCUUUUCCUCUGACUUAUGGAUUUUCUCUUUUCAGAACUAUGAUGAAAUAACCAGUAAAGAAAUCCAUAACUUUGGAAACGUUUUUAGUUAUUCUAAUUUCUAAAACAGGACAGAGGAACUUUCAAGAGAGAUGUUAUCCAGAUUAAAAGAAAGGAAGUCUAAAAAAAAAAAAUAUUCCAAAUAUAUUUUAUUGAGUUUUGUUCUAAAAAGUUAGAAUCCUUGUUUUUUUUCCUUUAAAUAACUUGGGUAUCAAAGAAUACACUCCUUGCAUUAUGCUCAUGGCCCACCCUUACUGAUCUCCAAAGAGGUUCCACCCACCCAAAUGCCAGAUCCAAGAGACAACAAGGAUUUUAGAUUCUUAAAAUUUUCAAUUGUGACCCUAGACUAUGGAGCAUAUUUCCAAAUGUCUCUAAGUCCUAACCUCCAUAGCCAUCAUUGUGUAAGAAGCCAUGUCUAAAAACAACACGGGAACAACCUCUUAGAUUUCUUACUACCUUUUCCACUUUAGCCAAGAAAUAUAAGUGCAUCCAAGAAAAAGAAAGAAAGAAAGAAAGAAAGAUUGUAAUGUAUUUGAAUCUGUUUACAUUUUAUUAUGGUUAUGCAAUGAUGAAUGAUUUAUUAGUGACUUUUUAUGGAGGUUGUGUUGAAAGUUGAAACCCUAAACUAAAAAGUGAUGAUGAUUGAUGAUGAUGAGAGAGAAUGGUGAUUUUGGUUAGUGAGAAAUGAGAUCAAUUAUAUGGCUAUGGCUCACAUGUUGAUGGGACAUUGUUGUGUGAGGGCAGCAGAAAAUGGCCCCAUGUUAACCUACGGAUCCAUAAGGGAUGACUCAUUUACAGACAAAUAGCGAGAGAUAACUUUAUGUUCUCUUGGUGCUAUUCUUAUCUUCUGUGGCCCAGCCAACCUCUUUUGCCACCUGGAUGCUUGGAAGAGAAUUAAGGUAAUUUUCUUUCCCUUUUUUCUUUUUAAUUUUCGCUUAUACAGGUAACGGCCAGUGUUUUACAAAGUGCAGGUCUAGUGCCUCGUCUUGUAUAGGUGAGGCUCACAAAGUAAGGUACAAAUUAGGCAUGCACCUUUUAAGAAGUCCUAAGGCUCAAAGACCUUGGCUUUGGAGCUUUUUCAUCAUUUUUAAAAGAUAAUAAUAAUUAGGGUUUUUCAUUCUUUAUUAACUAAAAAAUCAAAUUUACCAAGCCUAAAUACAAAAUUUCUUGUGUUUGGGGUUUGUUUUUUUCUUUUCAAAUUUCUAUUUCAACUAUGCCGAGUCUUUCUAUAAUACUUUUAUAUAUAGUGCGACACAAAAAAAAAAGUUGGGAUUUUUUCUUGCUCCUUACAUUGAGCUCCAAAAGAUUAUUGCACUUUAUUGUGCCUUGAACUUUAAAAACACCGGUAAUAGAGACCUUACUCUCCUUAUAUACUAUGUUCAUACUCGUCCCGUAAUCCACGGGGAGGUUUUGCUGGCCACCCUAGGAACAACUCUGGGAGACAACAGUUUAACAUUAUUAGGGGAUUGGUUUGAACUAUACCCUUGGGAAGGUGAGGGUGUAUGGAAAUCUUCUAGGAUUGCCCUAGUACAUGUUCCCCUUAUUAUUAUUGAAUCAUAUCAUCAGUAGAUGUAUUAUUUUAUAAAGUAGGGUCCACACUGUUAAUUUGUUUUUGUUGAAGGAAAAUUUUCUAGGAGGGCAUAUCUCUAAAUAUCCAAACAUUACAAAGUUCUUGUUGCCACUGGAAUAUUUUUAUGUUUGAAACAAAAGUAAAUUUCUUUUGUUUCAAAAAGGGUUGUGGGGAUAAAGGUAAACUUUUGACAAAAGUUAGGAGUUUGAUUUUGUUUUGCCUGAAUUAGGAAACUCCGUUAAAAUAAUUGGCAAUAGAGUUGAAGUGGAUUUGGAUAUGUCAUGUUCCCAUGAAUUAACCCCAGUGGAUUUUGUUCCUAAUCUCUCUGGGGCCAUGCUGUUUCCUUGAUAUUAGCAUAAAGGAGAAAGAGAUAGGUGGUGGGUGUGUGAUGGAAACAUUUGACUUUGAUUGUUUUUACAUGUUUAGCUUCAGGGUCACUUUGCAUAUACCUUAAUAGAUCUUAUAGGACCACAAUUUGAUCCUUUUUGUGUCAAAAAUAAAACUUGUGGUGGAGAGGGAGAUAUGAACCAAUUUGGUUGAUUUUGAUCUUUCCUAGUGUACUCGAUUUUUCUAGGGGUUCCAUGAUUGAUCGAGCUCAUUUGAUCAAAACUUGAUUAUCUAUGACAUUGAUGUUGGAAAUUCAUGUUGUGGAGGAGAGGGAGAUUUGAACACAUGCGGUUGAUUUUGAUCUUUCUUGAUGAACUUGGUUUUUUCUAGGGGUACCUCAAUUGAUCGAGCUCACUCAAUUAAAACAUAAUUCUCUACGACAUUUCAUGUUGGAAAAUUUGUGUCGUGAAGGAGAGGGAGAUCUGGACCAAUGUCGUUGAAUUUGAUCUUUCUUGGUGAACUCAAUUUUUUUAGAGGUCGAAUCGAUGUUCUAGGAGAGGGGGACCUCAUCUGAUCUCUCAAAACCACGACUAUGAUCAUGCAGUGUAUUUGAAAUCGAGAUACUCAUGAGAAGAGAUAUCUAAAUCGAUAUUGUUGAUUUCGAUCUUUAGGGACGAACCGAGGUUGAGAGGCGCAAACACCUACUUUCUACAGCUUAUAGUUGUCUACCUUAUGAAAGGAGGGAAGUGGGAAGAAGUUAAAAAAGUAUUUGUUUCUUUCUUCUCAUACACAACUGAAGUGACCAACUUUCCUAGACAUUUCUUACUCUUAUGCUUUGCUUCCCACAAGUCGAAGGUAGGUUUUUUCAGAUGCUCACAUGGGGCUGCUUCAACAAACAAUCUCAAUCAUUGUGAUUUCUUGUAGCAUCCUAUUGCCUUAUCUUGCUUCAUUUCCUAGUUUUCUAUUUUCUGUUUACUGUUAACUUCUCAUCUCAUAGGGCCCAAGGAUCUGUUUUUAAUGAUGAAACUUGUGGUGUUCAUUGAAAUUUUUGUUUGUGAAUUGUGUGAGAUGUCAUAAAGUUGAGGCUA